GUAUAUAAAAUAUGAAUUAUUAUGUUGAAAAGAUUCUUCAUCUGUGGCAUUUGGUGGAGUUGAAUCAUUAUGCUUCUAGUCAAUUAUUUCAACCUCCCUCCACCAUUCAAAUCCAUUGAAUUCCCAAUGGGAAACUUCCAAUGCUUACAUUUCCCUUUAUUCUGCUUCAAUCCACCAAACACCCACUUGCAAUUCAUGUAAUCCCAUCAACUUCACCAUACUUUUCUUCAAUCACAACAUGGGUUUUAUCACCAAAACCCUAACAAACCUGCACAUCAUCACCAUCAUCCUUCUUCUUCACUCAUCCCGUGUAUUCCCACAAUCAACCACCAGCAGACUUGAUCAAGAUCAGGUGCUUAGAGAUGGGGAAAUACUUGUUUCCCCUCAGCAGAUCUUCGAGCUUGGAUUCUUUAGCCCCAGGAAUUCGAGUUCGAGAUAUGUUGGAAUAUGGUAUUACGGUAUGCAGAACAGAACAGUGGUCUGGGUAGCCAACAGAGACAAUCCAAUACCCGACAAUUCGGGUGUUUUCGGCAUCAGAAACAGAAGUUUGAUUGUUUCGGAUGGAAACAGUCAAGUUUACUGGUCAAGCGACAGUUCUGCAGCUAGAAAUGAUUUGAAUUUAUCUAACUUGACAAUGAUGCUUGUGGACUCUGGAAAUUUGAUCCUUUCGACGGUUGAAAACGCGGGUAGGGAAGAAGACGCGAUAUGGCGAAGCUGUGAUCAUCCGACGGAUACUUUUCUACCGAAUUUGCGAGUUUAUUUGAAUAUUACUGAGGGAAUUAGUCAACAGUUUGUCUCGUGGAGGACUGCAAAUGAUCCUGCAAAAGGGAAUUACUCAAUGGGCGUUGAUCCGAGAGGUUCGCCUCAAGUUGUGGUGUGGGAUGAUCGAUCAAACAGGAGGUUAUGGCGAUCGGGUCAUUGGAAUAAUCAGAUAUUCAUAGGGGUUCCGCGGAUGAGAUCUUUGUUACUGUUUGGCUUUAGAUUAGUUAAUGUGGAUGAUGGGCUUGUGUAUUUCACUUUUGAAAAUCCGAAUAGUGGGCCCUUAAUGAGAUUCUUGAUCCAGUGGAAUGGAGCUGUGCAACAGAUGAUAUACAAUCAAACAAUAUCGAGAUGGACUCCGAUGGUGUCGCUGCCUUCGAAUGGCUGCGAAGAGUAUAACAAAUGUGGGAAUUUUGGGAUCUGUCGACCGAGUACUGCGCCAUCUCAGCUGUGUAGUUGUAUGAGAGGAUUUGAUCCAAAUCCGAGAUUCCAAGAUCAGCGGAAUAGUGGAAACUGGUCUGGCGGGUGUGUUAGAAGAACUGGAUUAGAAUGCAGUGCUAAUGGUAGCACGAGUGAUGGAUUUGUAGAGCGAAUGGGGGUUAAACUGCCGGAUUUUGCUGACCGGAUAGCAGGAGACCGUGGCGAGUGUGAAAAUGGAUGUUUGCAGAAUUGUUCUUGUAUGGGGUAUGCUUUUGUUGAGGGGAUCGGGUGUUUGAUAUGGGGUGAUGAGUUGAUUGAUGUUGAGGAGUUUGAGCAAGGCGGUGAAACGCUUUUCAUUCGUGUCGCGGAUUCAGAUUUGGUUUCAGGAAGUAAUGGAGGUGUAUCUAAAACCACAGUCAUUGCAGUAUCUGUAACCGGUGCGGUUGUUAUUGGUGUACUUGCGUUGUUGCUAUGGAAGUACAGGAAUAAAGUCAAAGCAUGUCAAAUACCAUGUGGAGGAAAGAAGAACGGGCCUCUGGUUUCAGAGGUGUUCAAUGGUCAAGAUAUUUCUGUGGAAGCUUCAGAACAACUCGAACGUGAAAUGAAAGAAUGUGAUGGGCCCCCAUUGCCUGUGUUCAGUUCCCAUGCAUUAGAGGUCGCCACGGACGGUUAUGCAAACAAGAACAAACUUGGGCAAGGUGGUUUUGGCCCGGUUCACAAGGGAAUCUUGCCAGGAGGUCAAGAAAUUGCUGUAAAACGGCUAGCGAAAUCUUCAGGGCAAGGAUUAGAGGAAUUCAAGAACGAGAUGAUUCUGAUUGCAAAACUGCAGCAUCGAAAUCUGGUUAGAUUGUUGGGAUAUUGCAUCGAAGGGGAAGAAAGAAUGCUCGUUUAUGAAUACAUGCCGAAUAAAAGCCUUGAUUCGUUUCUUUUUGACUCGGUGAAGAAAGUAGAAUUAGAUUGGAAAACACGAUUCAAGAUCAUUGAAGGCAUUGCAAGAGGUUUGCUUUACCUCCAUCGGGAUUCUAGGCUUCGAAUCAUUCAUCGUGAUUUAAAAGUUAGCAACAUUUUGCUUGACGAAGAGAUGAACCCGAAGAUUUCAGAUUUUGGAAUGGCUAGAAUAUUUGGGGGGAACCAAAAUGAAGCGAAUACGAAUAGAGUUGUGGGAACUUACGGUUAUAUGUCACCAGAGUAUGCAAUGGAAGGUCUCUUUUCUGUAAAAUCUGAUGUUUAUAGCUUCGGCGUUUUGCUUCUAGAAAUCAUUAGUGGUCACAGGAAUAAUAGCUUCCGGUCUGAGGAUUCUACAAAUCUAAUUCGACAUGCAUGGAAGCUAUGGAAGGAAGGGAAACCCGAGGAACUGAUCGACCCGUUGAUUCUAGAUUCCUGUAACAGAACCGAAGCACUGCAAUGCAUCCAUGUGGCAAUGUUAUGCGUACAAUCAUCAGCCGUUCAAAGGCCAACUAUGUCAUCAGUGGUUUUCAUGUUGGAGGGUGAAAACACGAGCCUUCCUCAACCAAACGAACUUGAUCUCACUUCAUUAAGUUCAGCAGAAAUGGAUUUGAUCAUGGAAGGUCGUGAAAUAAAUGUAUCGUCGAAUGAUGUCACGAUUACAGAAGUUUCUGGGAGGUAAUGAUCAAAUGUUAAUAAAAAAAUACCGAAAACAUGUAAUGUGGAUUACAUUUUUGUUUCGUUUUUUCGGUUUCUUGUUUUUCUAAGGCCGUGAGUGAUGGUGCACGAGGAGGAACUGACCAUGUGCCCGGCCUCAUGCUUUCGAAUGAUUGCGUGUUGUACAUAUGUUGUAGAUUCUUGAUGUUUUUUGGAAGAUGCAGUUACAAUGCUUUGUAAAUCAGGAAAGCAGAAGGCUUAGUUUGUAUUAAUCA